AUGGCGCCUACCGAUGCGGACGUUGAAAGCGUUGUCUCUAUUCCGCGAGAAGAAGUUGCGCGCGAGAAGCAUGGAGAGAAGGAAGGCGCGAGUGUCUAUGCAUCUGGAAAUGAGUCAAGAACAAGCAGCUUGUUGAGCAUAUUGGAGGUUCUGGAGAAGCGUGCGGGCGUCGAGUUGAGAGGAUGCCAGCCGGUGCCAUAUGAGAAGAGGACGGUCACGCAGUAUUUCAACAUCUUCACUUUGUGGUUCAGUAUGAGUUGCAAUCUACUGCCUAUCACGACGGGGAUGGUUGGCACCCUGAGCUUCGGUCUGGGUCUUCGAGACGCAUCCCUCAUAAUCCUCUUCUUCACACUCGUAUCUACUAUUCCUGUAGCAUACAUGUGCACAUGGGGCCCAAGAACCGGCAUGCGCCAGCUCAUCCAGGCACGAUUUGUAUACGGAAAAUACUUCGUAUCACUCUUUAUUCUGCUUAACCUCGCCACACUUACGGGCUUCUCCAUUGUGGAUUCCAUCAUCGGCGGACAGGCCCUAUCCGCCGUCAGUGACGGCACCACCAUCAAUGCCACCGUCGGAAUUGUCAUCAUCGCUCUACUAUCGCUACUGGUCUCUUUCUGCGGCUUCAAGAUCCUCCACAUAUACGAAAAGUAUGCGUGGGUCCCUGCAUUGAUCGCCAUCGUCAUCGCCACCGGAUGCGGAGGCAAGUAUCUGCAGAAUCAAAGUACCGUCGAGCCCGCCACUGUGCAGCAGGUCCUAAGUUUCGGUGGCCUGGUUGCGAGUUUCAUGCUACCCUGGGCAGCCCUCGCAAGCGACUUCUCGACAUACAUGCACCCCAAAGCGCCAUCGUUCCGCAUCGCGCUCUACACAUACGUGGGCCUUGCACUCCCGACUAUCCUACUCAUGGUCCUCGGCGCCGCAAUCGGCGGUGCCACGCCAAACGUCGCCUCCUGGCAGCAAGGCUACGAGACUAAUGCCGCGAGCGGUGUUCUAGCUGCGAUGCUGCAUCCCGCCGGGGGCUUCGGCCGCUUCGUCACCGUCGUCCUCGCCUUCAGCAUGGUCGGCAACCUCAGCGCGACGAUGUACUCCAUCACGCUUAACUUCCAGAUGCUGCUUCCAUGGUUGUUUCGAAUCCAACGCAUCAUCUUCUCGAUCGUCAUCACCGCCAUUGUAAUCGGCAUCGCCAUCAAAGCAGCGUCUUCAUUUUUCACCAAUCUUGAGAAUUUCUUGGGAUUGAUCGGAUACUGGGCGGCUGCUUUCAUUGGUGUUGUGGUCACGGAUCAUGUAUGGUUCCGCACGCGCAACUUUGAUGCAUAUACAGAGGAAGAGGCGUUGUGGGAUGAUGGAUCGAAGCUGCCGAUGGGUUGGGCGGCUGCGGGCGCGAGCAUAGGGUGUCUGGGCCUGGUGGUGCCGUGCAUGUAUCAGAUAUGGUUUACGGGACCGAUUGCAGAGCGGACGGGUGACUUAGGCUUUGAGGUCGCGUUGGUCCUGAGCGCGGGGUUGUAUGUGCCGCUGAGAUAUCUAGAGAAGAGGAUCUGUGGGAGGUGA